ACAUUUCCCUCAACCCCAGCACGAAUGUACGAGCCCUUGGCGUUCCGCUGCAGUUCCAUCGGAGGGAGUAAACCCAAAGUGGCCACCCCGACCGUGGUUGGUAAAAUCGAACAGUAUAAAUCGGACAACCCUACCAUGUUUGCUUGGGAGAUUCGAGACAAGCUUUUGGCGGAAGGUAAGUCAUUAUAUUGGGGGAGGGGUAAGCUUUGUUUCCAUUCCCCCCUCCCUUUAUUUUGGAGCGGCGCAUACAUUUAACACAUAACAUAACAGUUCGCUGAAAUUUUAUAGAAGUAUAAAAAUGUCAAGUCCAAUCUUAGCUCGGGGGGUCGUAUGAAAACGGGUUGCGGCUUGGAUUCGGCCAGCGGGCCGCAGUUUGCCGACCCAUAUCCAAGGCUCGAUACAGUUAGUACUACCUCUCGACGUAAAUGAAGUUGGAAAUGGUUUAUUUUAAUUUUGACUGAGUUCACUAGUCCGCAUGUUUAUGUUAAAGAAUGGCGUGAAUGAGUUUCAACGCAGCACUUCACUGAUAGCAACUUGGUGAUGCAUAUGCGGAGAUGGGUGAGAAAUUGUGACAGUGGCGUUAAUUUCAAUCAAGGGUAAUGGAAGUUAAUAAUGGAUGGUGGAACAAAAUUGAACGCCAUCUCUUUGGUCCGUGACAAGCGACAGCUCCAUCCGGGGGGGGGGGGGAGGGGGGGGGGCAAAAUCUGAAUUUCGGCCCCCCCUUCGCACAAGGGUAAUGGAAGUUAAUAAUGGAUGGUGGAACAAAAUUGAACGCCAUCUCUUUGGUCCGUGACAAGCGACAGCUCCAUCCGGGGGGGGGGGGGAAGGGGGGGGGCAAAAUCUGAAUUUAGGCACCCACUUCGCAAAAUAUUAUAUAUCUGUAGACACAUUUUACAUGGGAAAUAAAGAUUCUGGGACCCUCUGAUGGCACCCCACACACUUUUUUUUUCCACUUUACCAUGCGAGCAAAACUGUUAUUUUCAACGACUUAAUCAUCUACCAAUAUUUUCAGUAAUUUGCAUAAUGAUUUUUAGCUCAACAUUGCGGGCUAAGGGAGACAAUUUGCGCCAUGACAUAUCUGACGUGUUUAUUUAACUUAAUAGUUUUAGGGUUCAGGUUAGGUUUAGGGAUACGUUUAUGGCUCAGGUUAGGAUUAGGGUUCAUGUUAGGUUUUAGGGAUAGUUUUAGGGUUCAUGUUAGGUUUAGGGUGACCUUUCACGGGUCGUGGCGACGAAGAUGGCGGUCGUGGCGCGGAUUGUCUGAAUUUACCAAGAUGUCAUUUUUAGUGUUAUUAAUUUUUUUUAAAUUAAAUAACUUUGUUUUGUUCAGGUAUCUGCACACAGCACAACGUCCCGAGCGUGAGUUCAAUAAAUAGAAUUCUGAGAAAUCGCUCUGCGGAGAAGGCCGCCACGGAGUACGCUAAAAUGGCAUCACAGGUGCUUCACCCUCUCUUCACCCCUUGGUGGCACGCUCCUGCGUCGAUGAUCCCGCCCUCUCCCAUCCCGCCAACUCCAUCUUUGGCGGCGCAAUCAACAAUGGCGAUCCCGCAAGUGAUGACGUCGGCAGCCCCGCUUUCGCUGAGAGCCAGUCAAUUUCUUUCGGAUCCAUCACUUCCGGUGUCAGUCAGCUCGAGCCGGAUGUCACUGUCAGAUGAAGACGAAGAUCGAAUCUCUCAAGAGGAUGGUAAGAAAUAUUUAGCACCUUUGAUUUUUUUUUACUACAGCGUCAAGUCUCUAGAAUUGAUUGCAGAACUAGAUGAUUUGUAUAGAAAUUCUACAAAGUUUCAUGCUGAUUAGAGUUAAAUAGCGGUCAUGUCUCUGAAACUGAAAGGAAAGACGUACAUUUUUCAAAUUGAUUGUUAAACAAAAACCUAGCUAUUGGUUUUUCCUCAGUCUUUAGUAAAAAAAACAGCAAAUUAAUACUCCUAAAUUCUCAGUUCACAGGAUCAAAUUUUCGCCAAAUUUGCGUUAAAUUUCUUUUUAAACGCACUAUUUAGAAGGAAAAAAAACGUUCAAAAAAUGCGUUCAAACAGAAAUUUGACGAAAAUUUGAAGCAAACUGGACGAAAUUUUGAUCAUCUGAACUGGGCAUAAAACUAGAAUUUAUGACCUGCUGACGAUUGGUGCAACACUUGCAGAGUAGGUGUGGAUGUAAUAUUAAAGGAGAGGUCUAAAAAUCCCCCCCCCCCAACCUUUUGCGUUUUAUCUGACUGUAAGUAGUAGAUUUUAUUAUUUUAAAAAUAUUUUUGGUUAUUUUUACCAAAGUCUCUUUUGAUAGCGGUAAUCGUCAUGAAGCCUUUGAUUUCUCACAUUCAUUUUUGUGGGACACCUUCUGUCAUUGGACUUUGACGUGUGUGUCCCCCACCCCCCACUUUGUCUUCCGAAUCCGCCACUGGGCGCCAGACAUUUGACUAUACGUUUGUGUAUUAUAAAUUUCAAUCGCACCCCCCACCCCCAAAUACGUUAUUACAUGCACGCAGGCUCUCGGCCAUAAUGUCUUACAUUUUUACAGAGCUGAAUUUACAUGAGAGAUUCAUGGACCAUGACGGCAUUCAGAAACUCAGGAGAAACAGGACCACCUUCUCACAGACACAACUCGAUAUGCUGGAACAAGAAUUCGGGGUGACUCUCUUUUUUUUUUUUAUCUCCAUCAAUCAAUCAAUCAAUCAAUCAUAUAUUCGAAGAUAUACUUUAUUGUUAAGGAUUUUUUUCAAUGAAUUUGUGUGUUUUUUUGUUGUUUUUUUUAAUGGUGUGGAGAUUAAUUGUGUAGCUGUUGCUAUGUUCUCUGUAUCUGUGACGUAUUUGGGUAUGACAGAUGACGUUGUUGGUUGUCAAGGUUUUGGUGGUUAAUGAGUUGCAGAGAGAUAGUGGAAGAAAGAAGGCACGCUGUUGUUGAAUAAAGAAUCAUAUCUGAUUUUGAUCUCGGUGUUGUUACUGAGUACAUCUAGACUAAACUAAGACGCUGAACUACUUACGCAAAAAGCAGUUCGUACCAGUUAAAAUUAGUGAUUGUAAGCUUUAAGCACGAAAGCAUAUUUAUAAUUUAACCAUUUUUUUUCCGGUCUCCCAAUGAUCUGCUGUGUUUUUUUUACGAUACUUUAUUUUCUGGCUUGCAGAAGACACACUAUCCGGGCGUAGCAACACGGGAAUCCCUGGCGAGCAAAACAAAUCUCUCAGAAGCAAGAGUUCAGGUAAAUGACAUUGUUUCUGGCUAUAGAGAAGGGAUCCAAACAACCAAAUGGCCGCAUGAGGUCAACAUUUUAAUGGCCACAUGAUCUGGCCGUACUUGCUUUGCUGCAUACGCCAUUAUUUAAGAAUCGUCUCAUAUUUAAAAAGUAUGACUCCGAUCACUUAGAAGAUUGAAUUCAAAGGUUUGAGCGAGAGGUGAGGGUAGAAAUUCCCCCACUCUGAGCAUUGUUGAUUCUUUGAUGGAUUGAUUGAAUACUUUUAUAGCGCUUGAAGUUGUAUCCAUGAUAUUUUAUCAUGCUCACAGUGCUCUGAUUUUCUUAAUUAAAUCUAUUUAAAGAAGAAAAAAAGCCUUUACAUGUUUCUUAAAUGAUUUUAAAAUGAUUGUUGGGCCGGCAAAUGCAAAAGUGCGCUUUCCGUAAGUCUCAAGGCGAACACACGGUAUCGAUAUUUUGCCACUAUCGGAUGAGCGGAGCUGUCUAGUGGGUACAUAAGGCGUCAUGAGUGCUUUGAGAUAAGAUGGCGCCAGGUCAUGUAGGCAGCGGUAGCACAAAGUUGCAAUUUUGUAUUCUAUGCAGGUUCUAUAAGGAUAAAUAAAAGGGUCAUGAGCGAUAUUCUGUCUUGGAGAUUAUUAUAACAUUCUUUUCUUUUACUUUUUUUUUUCCAUUUUAAGGUCUGGUUCUCUAAUCGUAGGGCGAAAUGGCGACGUCACCAACGGCUUAAAAUGUUUCACAACACCAACCCUUUUGUGUUUCCGUACCCCAGUCUGCAUUCUGCCAUCAACACACUUGAAAAGAAACACAAAGACGCUUGCGUCACUUCCGAGGUGUCCCCUGAGGAAGGGAAAUACUCUCAGCCCCACGUCUUCUCGUCCCUGCCGUCGGACCACACCACAACAACUUCGUUCUUACGUGAUUGUGACUUGACUCUAAAAGGAGGCGUUGUCACAGUCACAGAAACCAAAGCACCAUCAGAAAAAACGCCCGUCGAAGCCAAGUCACCCGCCAGUAACAUAGCUUCGCGCAAACCAAGUUUUGCCAUCAGCGAGCAUUCGGCUUUUAAACCAACAGAAACCAGCAAAGAGUACACAGAAUCGACACGUUGUCUUAUAUUUAGCCACUUCAACCAUUGAACAAUGUCCGAAUAUUUUUUAUUUUAAAAAAUGCACUAAAUUAGUAACUUCCUAUUACUAACACAACAGCCAGCGAAGUAUAGUAUGAUUGAGACAAUUCUAAAAAAUGUCAUGAUUUUUAAACAUUUUUGGACACUAUGUCCAUAGGCAUCAACACACCCUCACUUCAAAGUUAAAUAAUAAUAAUAAUAAACAUGAAAAAAGGAUGUAGAAAUAAUGACGACACAUUAUUUCAAAUUUUCAGCCUCACUCCCAAAAAAGUCAGUUUUCCCCUGUUUUUCAAGGGGAAUACAAAAUAAAAUUCCCGAUAUAUGCGCUAAAUGUGAUUCUUUAUUGCGUUUGGUGCGUAAUAUUACCUUUUUUAAAAAAAAUUAAUAGUUGAUGAAAUAAAUCUGCCAAGUAAAAGCGGGCGAAUCAUUAGAAUUGUUCAGGAGCAAGAAAAAAUGUUUCAGUUGAGAUCCUUGAAGGUUGGGGGGUGCGCGUUGAGUGGAAAGAGCUUAUUGGG